CCCUUCUCCCAUUUAACCAGGAGCAAACCAGCCUACUUCGACCGCGAUUCUGCGUCAGCGAAACUCACAUGCAAUAAUGAGCAUACUUCCAGGAACCGACACGCCCUGGACGUCGUUUGAUAUCGGUGGGAAUUGUUCCCUGUCGGGAAAUUACUUUGCUUGGCUUUUGACACAGAACAACGAACCGCCCUACCCUGAUGUCGCAACAUUCUGGCGAACAGCGGUUGAAGGCCAUAACAGCAUCAACGCAACUAGUGCCCAAAUCGUUGAUUGGCAUGAGUGGACGCGCGCAAACAGAGCUGAUCUGGCCGAUCAAGUAAUUGACAAAGCGAUAUGUCGCAGUUCGAUGUGCCAGUCAAUUGGGUCUGAAAUUGACGGCGGCCUCGCAGGCUAUGGGCUCCUGACUUCGUACGGCAUUGAUUGCAUCUUGCUCACCGUUUACUGUGCUUUUGCGAUCCUGAAUUUCCUCCAGCGCAGCAAAACAUCAUCCAGCUCGGCUGAACUGCUUCAGGCACUGCCAUCUGACGCCAAUCCAGGUCCUUUUUCUCGCGUCAACGAGGCGAUUAGAGGCACAAGAUAUGGCCUGUUUAUGGCCGCAGCAUUUGUCUCUCUUGGGAUUGAGGCCACCGUCAUCUACAGCCAAGUAACGCCUAUCGUCUAUAAGUAUAACUCAUCCUUACAACUCGUUGUCUCAGCUCUCAGCUUUUACCCGCUGGCAGCAAUGCUCCCGCUCAUCCUAGAUUCCACACGUCGUGGCUGGAUGAAGGGGACUAUCCUUGUCGGCCUCUUCCUAAUUCACACGUCAGCAUGGGUUCUAUGCACCAACAAUGCCCAAUGUUGUUGUUGUUCUAUUUAACGCCAUGGCGGCAAGGGCGCAGCCGCCCUUGCGGCAGACCUCCCGGAGGGUAUGUGGCGUGAAGGGUCGCAGGCUCUAGCUAUAUACUAUAUAGUACACGCCGUAUCCUGACGUCCUCCAAAUCUUGCUCGUGAGCUACUAUGUGUUCUAUCCAUCCCUAGUUCCCACUGGUGCCCUAGUUCCGUUAUAACCAUCUGGUUUCUU